AUGUCGAACUUAGCACCUCCGCUGGAUCCCAUUAUCAAUGGGGUUGGGGAUCGCAACCGCAAGGUCGCCUACUUCUACGAUUCCGAUGUGGGAAACUAUGCCUAUGUGUCGGGACAUCCCAUGAAACCUCAUCGUAUAAGGAUGGCCCAUAGUUUGGUCAUGAACUAUGGUCUUUACAAAAAAAUGGAAAUCUACCGUGCGAAACCCGCCUCCAAGUUUGAGAUGACGCAGUUCCACACCGACGAGUACAUCGACUUCCUUUCGAAGGUUACUCCGGAUAACAUGGAUUCUUUCGCGAAGGAGCAGAGCAAGUACAAUGUUGGUGACGAUUGUCCCGUGUUUGAUGGUCUCUUUGAGUUCUGCGGUAUUAGUGCUGGAGGCAGUAUGGAAGGUGCGGCUCGGCUAAAUCGCAACAAAUGUGAUGUCGCUGUGAACUGGGCUGGCGGUCUUCACCACGCGAAGAAGAGCGAAGCGAGUGGUUUCUGCUACGUGAACGACAUCGUCCUCGGUAUUCUCGAACUUUUACGGUUCAAGCAGCGCGUUCUCUACGUCGAUAUCGAUGUACACCACGGCGAUGGAGUUGAGGAAGCCUUCUACACUACAGAUCGUGUCAUGACGGUCUCCUUCCAUAAAUACGGAGAAUACUUCCCCGGAACUGGCGAACUUCGCGAUAUUGGUGUGGGCCAGGGCAAACACUAUGCCGUGAAUUUCCCGCUUCGCGAUGGUAUCGAUGAUAUCUCGUACAAGAGCAUCUUUGAGCCUGUUAUCAAAAGUGUUAUGGAAUGGUACCGGCCUGAAGCUGUGGUCCUUCAAUGCGGCGGUGACAGUCUCUCCGGUGAUCGCUUGGGAUGCUUCAACCUGAGCAUGAGAGGUCACGCAAAUUGCGUAAAUUUCGUCAAGAGCUUCAAUUUGCCGACGUUGGUCGUCGGUGGCGGUGGUUAUACGAUGCGCAAUGUCGCGCGGACAUGGGCAUUCGAAACAGGUAUUCUCUUGGGUGAAAACCUAGGACAUCAGCUCCCUUACAAUGACUAUUAUGAGUAUUUCGGUCCGGACUACGAGCUAGACGUACGGCCAUCGAAUAUGGAUAAUGCCAACACGAAAGAGUACCUCGAGAAAAUCCGUGCUCAGGUGGUUGAAAACCUUAAGCGCACAGCGUUUGCACCAUCGGUUCAGAUGACCGAUGUGCCUCGCGACCCUCUUGUAGGGGGUAUGGACGAUGAGGCGGAUGCGAUUCUUGAUGACGAAGAUGAAGAUGAGAACAAAGACGUUCGUGUCACCAAACGACGCUUCGAUCAGUAUGUGGAGAAGCCAGGCGAACUUAGCGACAGCGAGGAUGAAGAGGAGAACGCUGCCAAUGGCAUCCGCCGUCAACCCAACACUCUCAAGUCCAAAAACCACUUUAGCUAUAAACACCUCGACACUGGCGACUCUGGGCUUGACAGUGGCCUCGCAACACCUCGAGACGAAUCUUCGAUUGCUGACGAAGAGGCUGAUGCUAUGGGCGAUGCUAAGAUGACGGAAGCACCUAAAGCGGAGACAGAGGGUCCCCGCUCACCUUCUGCAGAGCCACCAUCAAGAGUUGAAGAAACUUCUGCAGCAGAUCAGAGCGAAAUGGAAAUGGCUGUUGACAAGCAAGAAGAGGAAUCCGCUGCACCUGCCGCUGCGCCUACUUCUGUGCCAGCUUCGCACCAGCCUUCGCCCAAGGUCCAAGACGAGGACAUGAUGAUGGAAGACGCACAACCGCCCGCACCUGAACCAGAGCAGCCGGAGAGCACUGUUCCAAGUGAAAGACAAGAGAAGAAGCCAACCGACGAAGAAGCGCCUAGUGCCGAUAAGCCUGCAGCGGAGCCGUCAAGUCCGCCGAAAUCCCAAUCACCCGCCAAGGAAGUAUCUGAGCCAGUGGGAGAAAAAGCGGAACGACCAGGGGGAGCACAGACGGUGGAGGAGACGGAGACAGUGCCGCCAACGGAAGCAACGCACACUACCACUGUUCCUGCUACUACCGAGGCAGCAACGCCGGAGAAAGCGCCUGAAGCUCCCAAGGAUGAACCGGCUUCUGAAAAAACUGGAGCAGACGAACCCAAGACAACGGAAGAGGGCAGCAAUGCGAACAAUACGGAAGAGUUGAAAGAGGCCUCCUCGGAACAAAAGCCUGAGGAGCCUGCGAAGAGCGAAGAGUAA